AAUACCUCUUGGAAAUUCUAUAAUAACCCAGGUGUUGGCAUGUGUUGAUUGACAAAGUUUGUUAUUUUAAUCAAAUCAAUUUCGGAGUCCACCACGCUUGGGUGCAAAAUUUUCAGUUUUAUUUUCAACUUUCCAAGGCAAAAAGGCAAAUAACAUCAUGCCUAAUAACGUCAAAUUGGAAGUGGUUGCGCUUGAGAACGACACAGAUAUUCGCAUGUCUGUAGGCAAAAAAUGCGAUGGAAAUGAAGUUUCCCCAUACAAUUAUGGGGGUGAGAAACAAGGAUACAAUUACGAAGGCGGAAAUUAUGAAGGAGGUUGCUAUGAAGGUGGAAAUAAAGGAGUUUCAUCCUACAAUUAUGCAGGAGGAAACCAAGGAUACAACAAUGAUAUUAACAAUAAUGACUGGGAUGUGAAUACAGGAGUCUCUGCUUAUAAUUACGAAGGUGGUAAUAAAGGAUACGAUUGUGGAAAUAAAGGAAUAUCAGCAUACAACUAUGAAGGUGGAAAUAGUGGAUAUUAUGGAGGAGACAAAGCAUACAAUUAUGGAGGAGGAAAUCAAGGAAUUUCUGCCUAUAAUUAUGAAGGUGGAAAACAAAAUUAUGAAUGUGGAAAAGGAGCAUCUGCUUACAAUUAUGAAGGUGGAAAUAAAGGAAUAUCUGCUUAUAAUUAUGAAGGAGGAAAUCAAGGAUAUGAUUGUGGAAAUCAAGGAAUAUCUGCCUAUAAUUAUGAUGGUGGGAAUAAAGGAUAUUACGGAGGAGACAAAGCAUAUAACUAUGAGGGAGGAAAUAAGGGAAUAUCUGCUUAUAAUUAUGAAGCCGGAAAUCAAGGUUAUGAUUGUGGAAAUAAAGGAAUAUCUGCUUACAACUACGAAGGUGGAAAUAAGGGAUAUUAUGGAGGAGACAAAGCAUACAAUUAUGAAGGAGGAAAUCAAGGAAUAUCUGCCUAUAAUUAUGAAGGUGGAAAACAAAAUUAUGAAUGUGGAAAAGGAGCAUCUGCUUACAACUAUGAGGGUGGGAAUAAAGGAAUAUCGGCCUAUAAUUAUGGAGGAAACCAAGGUCAUGAUUGUGGAAAUAAAGGAAUAUCUGCUUAUAAUUAUGAUGCUGGAAAUAAGGGAUAUUAUGGGGGAGACAAAGCAUACAACUAUGAGGGAGGAAAUAAAGGAAUAUCUGCUUACAAUUAUGAAGGUGGGAAGCAAAAUUAUGAAUGUGGAAAAGGAGCAUCAGCUUACAAUUAUGAAGGUGGAAAUAAAGGAAUAUCUGCUUAUAAUUAUGAAGGUGGAAAGCAAAAUUAUGAAUGUGGAAAAGGAGCAUCAGCUUACAAUUAUGAAGGUGGAAAUAAAGGAAUAUCUGCUUAUAAUUAUGAAGGUGGAAAGCAAAAUUAUGAAUGUGGAAAAGGAGCAUCAGCUUACAAUUAUGAAGGUGGAAAUAAAGGAAUAUCUGCUUAUAAUUAUGGUGGUGGAAAACAAGAUUAUGAAUGUGGAAAAGGAGCAUCAGCUUACAAUUAUGAAGGUGGAAAUAAAGGAAUAUCUGCUUAUAAUUAUGAAGGUGGAAAACAAAAUUAUGAAUGUGGAAAAGGAGCAUCAGCUUACAACUAUGAGGGAGGAAAUAAAGGAAUAUCUGCUUAUAAUUAUGGUGGUGGAAAACAAGAUUAUGAAUGUGGAAAAGGAGCAUCAGCUUACAACUAUGAGGGAGGAAAUAAAGGAAUAUCUGCUUAUAAUUAUGGUGGUGGAAAACAAGAUUAUGAAUGUGGAAAAGGAGCAUCAGCCUAUAACUAUGAAGGUGGAAAACAAGAUUAUGAAUGCGGAAAGGGAGCAUCAGCCUAUAACUAUGAAGGUGGAAAUAAGGGUUAUAGUUCUGGAGGUGGUAAUAAAUGUGUUUCAGAAAUGAAGAAGAAUUCAAAGGGCUGUUCACCAAGCAAAACUCAAAUAUCAAAAAAGCAAUGUAAGAAAUGUGAUACAAAACCUGCAUGCUAGAAUUUCACUCCAAGACAAUCAACCUACAGAAACUAGAAUUGAACUCCUCGAAUCUACUUGACAAGAUCAUAUACUGAAAUAAGGCAACAUCAUUGGACUGACUUCAUCCUGGACAUUGAGGUAUGAUAUUGUACUCCAUCCUAAUAUCAAUGAGUGCUUGAUUAUUGCUGGGAAUUCUUAAAAAUUCUUGAUUUAUUGAAAAAAUUUGGUACAAAAAAAUAGUAUGCUCAACAACCAAAGACAUGCUUUACUUGAAAAAAAAUAAUGGAUUUUCUCUUCCUUUUGGCCUUGGAAUAAACUUGAUUUGGAAAUACUACACUGUCUUUUCCAUUCAGCUUCAUUGAUACUUUGAAUAUAAUAAAUUUUGUGAAACUAU